UUGUGUGCAGGAAAAAAGAACUAAUGGGUGUGUGCAGGAAGAGAGAACUAAUGAGUGUGUGCAGGAAGAGAAAACUAAUGGGUGUGUGCAGGAAGAGAGAACUGAUGUGUGUGUGCAGUAAGAGCGAACUAAUGGAUGUGUGCAGGAGAUAAAGAGAUAACUAAAGGGUGUGGGGAGGGCGAGGCCGUCAUGGUUACUGGAGCUCAAUAGUUAACUAUUCCUCCGAAUUUCUCUCGCCACCAGGAAGUAUAAUAUAACCAUACUAUUAAUAUAUCCUUCCUCAUCAUCUCAUGUAGACAUACAGACUGACAGCCACCCCACACAAAGUGUUCAACAAUGAAUUGAGUUGAAUUGACUGAAUAAAAUCAACUCUCUAAGAUUACAAUUUUAAAUUCUUGUGGCUAGACACUUACAAACUGAUAAUCUAUACCUCCACUCGACCUUCAGAUAACAGCGGAAUGAUCUAGACUAGAGAAUUGUGGGGCCUUUAGUCACGUUUAGUGCUCUAUCGGAGGCAGGUGGUCCACCGAUAAAGGUUGAGAAACACUGUAUUAAGUGUUUGUAUUUUCCAAUAAAAUGUGUGGGAAUUUCCGAUAAGACGUUCACAGAAUGAAGACUCUUAGUCUAGAUUGAGGAUGUAAAAAGUGUACACUCCAUGUGAUCUCUGCAACACAUUAUUACAUCUAUUUGUCAUGAGGUAAUGAAUAAGUUUCAUCUGCAAAUCAAAGAACAAAUAUAGACCUAAAACUAGAUUUAGUUUAGAUCAAAUUCUAUUAGGUCUAAAGCUACCAUGGAUGAUACCAACAGAAGUCAAGAGCAGGGCACUGGUCUUACAUUUGCAGACAUGAGCAUUAAUAUUCCACGCGUGACAAAUCAACCAAUUGAAACUGCUAUUGGAAAGUGCCAAAGGUUUCAAGACUUGACUAUACUGGAGAAAGUGUUUUUCAUCCUAAUGCUUGCAUCCAUUGUCACAGCAGCAUGUUUUACUAUUUAUAGAAUGUCUACGCUGGCGCGUACUGAACCAGAUUUUACAUUUUGUAUUUUUCUCCUAGUGAAUGCUGCUUUCUGCAUAUAUUUUACGGUAGAUUCAAUACUAAGAGAAAGACCAUCAGAACUUAUUGUUUUAAUGAUCACACAAUUUGUUAUACUUCUCUACCUUAUUAUAAACUAUGCAGCAGGAAAGAAAAAUGAUGUCAAACUGUCUAGGCUUGUAAUAGCCUGUUUAUUUUGUCCUGUGCUGCUAGUUAUGGGAGGGAUCAUAACCAAGCAAUACAUUGUGUCUGGUCACCUCAUCUUUCGAACAGUUGGAGCAUCAGAAAACUUGCAGAAACUGUACAGAAAUGUUCUGUACUUCCAGGAUGGUUUGAAAUUUGAUCUACAGCUUGGGGUGUCUCUAGUCAUACUUGUUUUAGAUGGUGAUGAUGGAGUUGAGACUCAUGAAAUAAUCAUUUUAUCAAUUGGUCUCGUAGCAAAUAUUGUUUAUUUUUUACUUGGAUGGUUUGCAUUUGAAAGAGAAAUUAAAUAUCUUGCAAUUAUCUACUGGAUAAUUGGUUUACUGGAAUUUGGCUAUGUCUUCUGGAAAAUUUAUGAUGUUUCUUUCUAUGUGACCAAGUUUGCUGGUCUUGCUGGUGCCACCCUGACCUGUAUAGUUGCUGAUAUCUUGAUGCGAACCUUUCUACUGAUUGGCUCAUAUUUUGUGUAUAGAAACUUUGGUAAAGGAUUGAAAGACAGAAAAGCUGGAUCCUCCACUUUUCAGAACAACAGUGCCAUAGAAACUAAUUCUUAAAAGAUUACAAGGUGUCUAUAAAGAAAUCUCAACUUGCUGUGGACCUAAAGACGUUUCAGUUUAGAUUUAUCCUCAACUAUUUCUCUAUACGUUUAGUUGUCAGUACAACAGCAACUUACCACCAAUAUAUAUAUAAAGUCAGAGAGAUACAUGGAACAUUGGUGUUUAAGUAAUUUUUAAGUUUAGUUUUUUUUUUAAUUAAUCAUUUUUAAUUCUUAAAAAAUGUGUAAGUCCAAAAGAAUAUUUUUUGUUUUGCUGAUAAAAUAUAAAUAAUUAAAAAUAAUUAUUUAAUUCUAAGUCACAUUUAUACCUUAUGAUGAUGUUCUCUGUAAAGGUUUCUUGUAAAUCUGUUGAAGUGUUGAAACAAAGAGAAGCAAUGUAAAGUUAAAUUUCCCUUUCAGACCUUGCGAUCUAUGGGGCUGGUGAUGUUAAGGUUAUCUGUUUCUAUGGCCAACGGUUAUUGAGCAGGGUGUCAUGUGGCCAGCACAACGACCGACCGCCUUUACUUCCCCCAACUUAGCUCAGGUACCCAUUAGAGCUGGGUGGACUCAAGGGCGCCCUAAAAAUCCUGAAAUUCAAAAUCCGUCUUCACCGAAAUUCAAACCCAGGACCCCAGUUCUGGAAGCCAAGUGCUUAACCACUCAGCCACCAUGCCCGUGAAACUAGGAUAAGCAAAUAACUAAAGGAGGCAACUCAAUGAGGCAACCAUAUUUAUUUACACAAUAUAUUGUAAUAACUGAAGGAGGCAACUCAAUGAGGCAACCAUAUUUAUUUACACAAUAUAUUGUAAUAACUGAAGGAGGCAACUCAAUGAGGCAACCAUAUUUAUUUACACAAUAUAUUGUAAUAACUGAAGGAGGCAACUCAAUGAGGCAACCAUAUUUAUUUACACAAUAUAUUGUAAUAACUGAAGGAGGCAACUCAAUGAGGCAACCAUAUUUAUUUACACAAGGACGUCACACAUACAUAAUAACAUCUGCUUAGAACACAAGCAUCUUCAUGAGCUCUAGACUUGGGCUGAACUUGUUCUCUGCUUCUAAUGUCAACAUCCUUCUUAGUCAAGUCUCUAAUAGUGCGCACCUUCUGCACUAUCUUGGAUGGCGGUGUGCAUUGCAAGGUUAUAACAAUAUAUUAUUUGUUGGAUAGCAAUAUUAUUGAAUAUAUAUAUAUUAUAUUUUGUAUUGCUUCUCCUAGUUUCAACACUUUCAACAUAUUCCAGAUUUGUUAUAUAUAUUUAUUUUCACAUACUUUGUUUUGUAUUUCUACAUAACCUAAUCACACACUGUACAUGCUGGGUUAUAGAUCACAGAUUUAAUUAUUGUCUGAUUUAUUUUCUCAAAUUAAUGAAAGACACAAAUCCUGAUCUGAGACAUGGAGUCAAUGUCAUGUCUUUAGAGUGAAGGCAUGGAGUCAAUACCAUGUCUUUAGAGUGAAGACAUAGAGUCAAUGUCAUGUCUUUAGAGUGAAGGCUUAGGAUCUAAAAUACAAAUCUUAAUCUUCUUUAUUUCAAUAUUUUGAUUUGGUUAAAAUAUAAAGUCUCAAAUUAGUUUAACCUAUAUCACAGUUAAGCUCAAUUUACCAAAGAUGGACAAUUGGACUCAAUUUACCAAAGAUGGUCAGUUAAACACAUUUUAAUAUAGAUGGACAGUUAGACUCAAUUUACCAAAGAUGGACAAUUGGACUCAAUUUACCAAAGAUGGACAAUUGGACUCAAUUUACCAAAGAUGGACAAUUGGACUCAAUUUACCAAAGAGUAUUGAAUUUUUUAGAAUUACUUUCUUAAUAAAAAUGAGUUUCUGAGAGCUUUAUAUUUAUCAUAACUCUAAAGUAUAAGAAUGUUUUAUACGGGUCACUGGUUUACCAAAAAUUAGAAAACUAUUUUUUAUCCCAAUUUAUAAUUGGCGCUGGUUUUUUUUAAAGAAAUACUCAUCAAAGUCAAAUUCUUUUUUACAUCUCUAUUCAAGUCACUCAUUUAAAAUGGGUGGGCAAAACCUGGGUAGACAUAAUUCUCAAAAAUGUCUCUUAACAGUUUUCCUAGGAAUGUGACAGUUAUGUAUAUUGUUGGGGAAAAAAAUAGCUCAUUGGUCACACAUUGGUCACACAUUGGUCACACAUUGGUCACACAUUGGGGCCUAUUGCGUUUCAGCUGCUUCCUAUGCAUGUCGUAUAUUAAAUAUUGCUAUAAUGAUCUAAUUAAUAAUAAAAGUUGCUAUUGUAAAAAAAAAAUGGAAGAGGGGCCUUGCAAGCAUCCAUUAAAUUGGGCCCCGCUAUUUGUAAAGCCGGCUCUGUUUCCAAAUGUAGGCCUUAUUCAUUCAAGAGUUAAAUAAAUUAAUGUUUAGGAACAUUUUGCGCACCAUCUUCUACAUCUAGAUCUAAAGGCCUAUCAUUAGGAUAUCAUAAAGUUUAAUAGAUUUAUAAAUUUGCUGAACCAGGAUUUUAUCUUAAAGGAGGAGAGGGAUGAGUCGUGAGGAAAAUGUUCUUUUUUUUAAAAUCUAACAUUUAUUAGUUUUAAAGAGCAAAAUAAUUGCUUUAAAGAUUGUAUAAAGGAGAUAUGUCUUUUUAAAAAAAAAUUUUGUUAUAUUUUUAUUGUUUUCAUUUUUCGUUAUAUAUGCUAGGACAAAUUUGUACAAAAGCUCCUUCUUCCCUUGUGCUAUUAGAGCAUGGAAUGGGUUGCCUGAGCUAGCCAGGAAAACCAGUGACUUGGCAGAAUUUAAGUCAUUGGUUAAUAUGCAUGACUAAAUGCAUGACGCGUAGGACGUAAUCAUCUUCUUUUUUGAAGUAACGUCUGUAUCACAUAAGAUAAGAUGAGAAGAACAAUUUUUGUUAUUACAUUAUCAUUUAAUUUUGUCAUACUGAGUAAUUUAUGAUUGAAAUAGUUGUAGCAUGUAGCCAUCUUGUGCAAAUCUAUUUCAAGCUCUACGUAUUGAGUUCAUUGUCAAAAUUUUUUUUAUUACCAAAGUGCUAAAGUAUUUUAUUUAUGGUAUGAUUUGUUAGUGUUCUUUUCAAACAUGCCAAUAAUUUUAAUAUUGUAAAAUAGACUUUUUGUUUCUUCCUAUAUUACGAAAUAACUAUUUUUCCACUUGUAUAUGUGUUUAUACACUAACUAGAGCAAAGCUAACAGUCUUUUAGAUUUUUUAACAUGCGUGUAACUUUCCGCUUAAACAGAACGACAUUCACAUUCAGAAAUAUGACCAGAAACAUGAACAUUUCAAUAUGACUGAUUUUAACAGCAUUGUAUUUUAAUGAUAUUAUAAUGUGACUAUUUAUUAGUCUCUCACUUGGUGACCAAUUACUUUACGUUAUUACUUUAAUUAACUGUUUUCUGAUGAUUUUGUGACAUUUAUCUUUCAAUUUUUGUCAUUUCAUUCCUAAUCAGAAAACUUAUUGAAAUACACACCCAACAUGAUCAAAGUCAAAUGACUUUCAGUUCAAAAACAAAUAAGCAAAAGAAAAAGAAUACUUUAAAAAAACUAGUCGACCGGCGCCGUAGCAUACGCCGCUAUUUUGCAGGCCGGCCCUAGGCCACUGCAACCUAUGCGGCCGCAGUGGGCCCCGCACUUUCAAAGGACCCGCGCUAAUUCUAGGUGUAAAUUAUUAAAUUAAACCAUUUAAUAACUUAUAGCAUAAUUCCCGCAGCCUCCUGAUUUACCAGGAGCUCCUGUAAAUCUCCUGAAAUUGCAAAAUAUUACGAAAAAGUCCUGGAAAUCUCCGGAAAUUAUUAAAAUCUUUUGAAAACUAAAAAAAAGAUAAUAAUUCCUGAAAUAUAUAGACAAAAAAUUUCAUUUUGGGGUGUCAUUCAAAAUGAUAAACGCCAAUCCUACGCGCGCUGAAAAAAAAACGGCAUUAUGCAUUUCCCGUAAUUGUGGAAUCCGUUGAAAGAAGCUUCUCGCGCCUCAAACUAAUGAAGAAUUAGUUGAAGUCAACAAUUCUCGAAGGUAGAUUGAAACAUUUGGUAAUUCUUGCUAUUGAGCGUGAUCUAUGUAUGUAAUUGAAUUUUUAUGAUACGCUGUAUGGCUUCGCUACACGCAAGGCUCGUUAAGUUAUUUUGUAGGAAGUAGAGAAUGAAUCAAAUGCAAAAACGAAUUUAUUUCCUAAUACAAAUUCUUAUUUUUCACUAAUUAUCCUAUCCCUACCCAAACUUGGCCCCGCCAAAUCCGUAUCGCAUAGAGCCCCACAAUGGUUGAGUCCGGCCCUGCCAUUUAGUUACGGGUGAAUACAGAGUAGCUUACUAGUUCUCCACUCCCCUCUUUUUUUUGCCACUAAAGUUACGUGGGGUAACUCUAGUCCGACUUGCAGAAAUAAAAUAGUGAUCUUUCCAUGACUUCUAGGUCACAAUGAUUACGUCCGGCCCUGAUAUUUAUUGAUGGGUGAAUACUACUUGUUCCCCCACUCUUUUUUUUUUCGCCGCUAAUAUUACGUGGGGUAACUCUAGUCCGACAUAAAGAAGUAAAAGAGUGAUCUUUCCUUUACUUCUUUCGUUUCCAAACUGUUGAGCCAUUAAGAGAAUUAUAUAUAAACUAGUCGACCGGCGGCGUACAUACGCCGCUAUUUUGCAGGGCCGGCCUUAGGCCACUGCAACCUAUGCGACCGCAGUGGGACCCGCACUUUCAAGGGACCCGCACUUUCAUAGGACCCGCGCUAAUUCAAGGUGUAUAAAUUAUUAAAUUAAACCAUUUUAUAACUUAAAACAGUUUUCCCGCGCACUCCUGUCGAUUUACCUAGAGCUCCUGGAAAUCUCCCGAAAUUGCAAAAUAUACAAAAAAAGUCCUUAAAAUAUACGGGAAUACAUAGAAAGAAAUUGUCAUUUUGGGGUGUCAUUCAAUAUGGAAAAUGUCAGUCCUACGCACGAUAAAUAAAAACGGCAUUAUGCAUUAGCCGUAAUUAUGUCAUAUGGUGAAAGUAGCUUCCCGCGCCUCAAACUAAUGAAGAAUUACUUGAGGUCAACAAUUCUCAAAGAUAGAUUGAAACAUUUGGUAAUUCUUGCUAUUGAGAGUGAUCUAUGUAGGAAACAGAAUUAUUAUGAUAUACUGUAUGACUUUGCUACACGCAAGGCUCGUAAAGUAAGGCCCCACAAUGGUUAAGUCCGGCCCUGCUAUUUAGUGAUGGGUGAAUAUACAUAGUAGAUUUUUUGUUCACAAUGGUUAAGUCCGGCGCUGCUAUUUAGUGUUUGUAAAAUGUUUUACACGUUUCGGAUGUUCCUUCAGAGUUGAAGAUAGUUUACUUCCUAGUCCAAACCUCCCGCAGUACGAAGGGGGAUGGGAGAGGGGGAAGGGUUGAUAAAUCCAAACGACAAUCCAGCACGCAAACCACACGACCAGGCAGCCAUCCGUAGUGACCGGUGAAUACUUGUUCUCCCCCCCCCCCCCUCCUUUUGUUGUUUUUUUUUUGUAAGGUGACUACGCGCAGAAAUAAGAGAGUGAUCUUUCCUUUACUUCUUCUUCUCGUCCAAACUCUUGACUGACGAAGAGAAUUAUAUAUAUAGAUAGAUAAUGCUUAUAUAAGAAAUAGAACCGCUAAUUACUGACAUUUAUUUCAAGAUGGCAGAGUUUAGCGCCCUCUCUGCUAAAUAAAAAAAAAUUAAUUACUACUAAUUGAUUAAUGUUUAAAAAAAAGUAAAGUUCCCCUUUCAGACCUUGUGGUCUAUAGGGCAGAUGAUGUAAAGGGUUAGGGUUAGGGUUUUAUAACUUAUAACAGAUUUCCCGCGCCCUCCUGUCGAUUUAACACUGGUCGUGCGGUUUGCGCGAUGGACUGUCGUUCGGAUUUAUCGACGGUCGAAGGUUCAAACCCUGCCUGCUCCCACCCCCCUUCGUCCUGCGGGGGGUUUGGACUAAGAAGUAAACUAUCUUCAACUCUGAAGGAUUAUCCGAAUUAUGUAAAACAUUUUACUUCGGGGGCCGAUUUUGAGUUUGUGUUUCCACACAAACUGUCUUUUGUAACCUUGUUUUUAUUGAUUUAUGUUUUGACAGCUGCAAUGAAUAGUUGUGCAAAGUUUCAAUUUGAUCCCAGAACAGAAAGUGGUAGAAAGAACAUGUUCAAACGUUUGACCAGACAGACAGACAGUGAGUUGAUAGAAGCCUUGCAAGCACAGUUUUAAAAAUGAUAUUCUUAUGAUACGAAACCUGAGACAUUAAUAUUUUUUACAUCAGAAAGGCUAUGUCCCUAUUGUGAUAUAUGUAUUGAUCUUUAGGGACAGAGUAUCUGUGUCCGCAUUUCCUUCAUGUUAUUGUUUGUGUAAUGGAAGAAGCAUGUAAUAUAAUGUUUCAAUAGUCAUCCACUAAUAGAAUGUGUCUUUUACAAACAGAGCUUUUUACUUUUCUGACCAAACCAUUUACCAUCACAUUCUAUACUCUAAACAUCAUCUAUGUACUUUUUGAUCAGUUUACAUUUUGUCCGUAACAAACACAACAAUAGUUUACAACUUUUCACUGCAUGUAGAUCUAUUUCUUACUUGAUUUUUAUAUAUUAAUUUUUUUUUUAUUUAUUUUAGUCAAAUAUGUUCUAUCAUUUAUUUUAUAUAUUUAUACUUUCUUUUAUCACCAUAUAUUUAUAUGUUUUAAAACUAAGAACAAGCAUAGCAUAAUCUUUUUUUAAUAUACACUACAAGACUGCAUUUAUAUACUUAAUUUUUACUGCAGACUGUUGAAAUUUAUCUUUCAAAGUCAAGCUUCUAUAUUAAUAUUCUAUUGGUCAAUUAACUAAUAUUUCUGCAUUAAAGUAUAAAAACAUUUUGA